AUGACGACCGCACUACCACACUUUGACUGGUCUCAGCGUAAGGGGAAGCAGCAGAAGUAUGCAGUCGUUCCCUGCAUCUCGGACCCUACGUCAGGGGUGAAGAUGGAGAAUGACGACGGCUCGGGACCUAUCGUGUUUGGCCAAAGACAUGAAGCAAGCUCAAUGGAACUGUUCUUCGACCUGUUCUUUGUCGCAAACCUCGCCUUGUUCACGCAGUACCACAUCAUAAUCGAGCACUCCGGUUUUCUUGGGUACAUAGAGUUCUUCUCCAUCCUGUGGGGUACUUGGUUUUCCGUGACUCUUUUCGACGUGCGGUUCGCUUCGGACAGCCUCUACGAACGCGCUUGCAAAUUGAUACAAUGCGCCGUCUUUGUCGUCCUAUCUCUCGUAGGGUCGCAUUUUGAACCAGGGACCGUCCAGACGUAUGGCCAGAGCGAAACUCCAUCGAAUGACACAUUCCGCAUACUGAGCUAUGCGUUGGCCACGAGUCGAGCGCUUCUAGCUAUCCAGUACAUCGUUGUAGCUGUCUUUUGUGCCCGGAGGGGAUACAGAAAGGUGCUGGUUCCAGUUGGUCUCAACGCAUUAUUUUACUGUAUCUCCGCAGUGGCUUUUGGCUUGAUGACACUGGCUUUUCGUAGAAUCCCGUUCCUCUCCAACGUUUACAUUGUCUGGUAUGUCAUUCUCGCACUGGAGAUUGCUGGUGUUCUGUCUGUGUCGACUGUCUGGCGUGAUCUUGGGUUCAAGUUGACCCAUCUGGUCGAGCGCAUGAGCUUGUUGACACUCAUCAUAAUCGGUGAAGGUAUACUGGGUGUUGGCAAGACCAUUUCCAUCAUCCUGAGAACGCAUGAAAAUGCGGAGUACUAUGGAUUGAUAUUCGUGAUCCUGCUAAUAAUCAUUUUCCUAUGGAUGAUAUACUUUGACAAUACUCCUCACGGCCAUUUCGGCACCAUACGCCAACAAAUAUGGGCGUUUCUUCAUUUCCCAUUGCACCUGUCCAUCUUAGGGAUCGUUGAAGGUGCACAGCAACUCGUGCGUGGACGGUACUGGAUACACGAGGUCAUAGACAUCGCCACAAUGGUGCACGAAUACUGUUUAUCCGGCCUUGACGGCACAGAGCUAAGCAAUGCUCUCGCCAGUUCUAUCACAAGUUACAAGUUUGAAGACAAAUCUAUCGCCGGGUCAGACCUUCCCGACCUCAUGAGAACGUUGGUAACCAUAUCAAACACGCCUGGCCUCUGCAACAGCACCUCAAUCCGAGACUUGCCGACCUCCUGGACCUUUGAUGAAUUAUAUGCUGCAAUCAAUGGAACAGCACUAUUCGAUCUGGUAGCAAACUUCGGAUCGGCACUCUAUGGCUCCACAAUCGUGGACAACAACUGGCCUACGCAGCGGACACUGGACUCGGUCAACAGAGACGAAUGGUCUGUGCCAUACAGCUACUUCUGGGGAUCUCUGGCCAUAUUCGCGUUUGUCUCGCAUAUCCUCAUCUCCCUACGACGCAAGACCCGUGCCGACAUCUUCCUGUUUGUGCAAACCCUGUCGCGCAUCCUGGUGUUGGCUGUGGCCAUAGCAUUGGGUGUUGUCGGGUCGUUCAACGACACCUUCUACUACAACUUUACGGACUCACCGUCUGUAGUCACCAUCGCAAUGGGCUGUCUAGCUUUCGUCUUCAUAUCCGACUACAUCGGAAGAGUCGCGAGUAACUGGCAGGUAGGCAAGCGGAAUGAGCGACUGGACAUUGAUGACGAAGGCGAGAAGCGCUAG